CUUUUUCAGUUUUGGUAUUUCCUUCAAUUCUACUUUUCCUUUUCUUAGCCUCUCAGUUUCAACCUUUGACCCCUUUCAUUGCAAUCAAUUGAAUAAUCAAUCACAAAUCACUUUCCUCUCCUAUUAUACCCACCAAUUCCCUCUUCAUUUUUUUUUCAAAUGGGUCCCAUCGUCUAUCAGCUUUAUUGGGCCAUGUUAUUGGUCAUCUUUUGUUCAUAUAAUUCCAAGUUAGCAUAUUUCUGUCAUCCGUCGUUCUGGGUUUGAAUUGCAUUAAUUAAUUAACUGGUUUGUUUAAUUGCUGAUUAUUUUCUAUCAUUACGUAAUUUCCCCAAACUUGUUUCUUUUUUAUCACUUUGCUUAUAGCUAAGUUGAGCUUCGUCAAAUUUUAAGUGUUGGUUUCUGCUUUUUUGCUUCCAUUUGCAUGCAUAUGCUCUUUCCUCUAGAAUCUGGAUAUCUGUUUUCUUCUUUCUUACAUCAUUCCCCUGGUUCAUCGUUUCGAGUGAGCAACAUAACUGCCCACAGUAGCAGUGGUAUUAUUAUUUUGUGAAGAUGGUACUGGGAAUAAGAUCAAAGAGUAGAAAAACUGUUUCAGUCCAAGUUCACUACGUAAUCCAUGUUCAGGAGAUCAAGCCUUGGCCCCCUUCACAAUCACUGAGAUCUGUGCAAACGGUAUUACUGCAGUGGGAAAAUGGUGAUAAAAUUUCUGGGUCUCUAGCAUCCACCACUCCUGGCAUUGAAAACAUCGAAUUUAAUGAAUCUUUCAGGCUUUCAGUUGUUAUGUGGAGAGAAGCAUCCAAGAAAAGCAAACACCGUGAAAGUUUUCAGAAGAACUACUUAGAGUUUAACUUGUAUGACAAGACAACAAAGAGCCAACUAUUGGGAUCAGCCUCAAUAAACUUUGCAGAUUUUGGAAUUAUUAAGGAAACUAAAGCCUUACGCAUUCUAUUGAACUGCAAGAAGAGCUCCAAGCAUUCUUCACAGCCAUUUCUUUAUGUUAGUAUUCAGCCAUUGGAUACAGAAUGUUCUAGCUCAUCACCAACCAGCAGCAGCUAUUCAAAAGGGUUGUCAGUAGACAAGGAAGGAAGUGAAUCGGUAACACAGUCAUUGAAAGAUGACGAUGAUGUUGAAAUUGCCUCUUUUACUGAUGAUGAUGAUGAUAGUGAUUACUUCCCUUCAAAUACCUCCCAAACUAAUAGAUCUGCUUCCAAGACUACUGGAGGCGGUAUCAAAAUCAGGGAAGGAGGAGCAGAAGGAUCUCAUGGAGAUUCUGUUCUAUCCGCAGAAAGUACUACUUCUAGCUUAGUUGGAAACACAAGGAGUGAAGCGCCCACACAGUUCAAUGGCAUUAAAUCUCCCCCUUCAUCUACAAUUCUUGGAUCAGACAUGGGAAAUGCUGCCUAUGGCCGCCCUUCAUUGCCUAAAACUUCUGUGGAAACUGUCAAACUUUCUGAUCCAAUUUCUGAAAUUCAAGAAAAUAUUCAACAAUCUUCUGCUUCAUGCAUUUCACCUAGUAUACAAACAAACUUUGAAAGGCCUUUCAAUUCUCAAGUAACUCAAGAGAACAGUGUGAUUAAAGAAGAUGACACAAGAGAUCAGAGACUUAAUAAAGAAGCUGGUGAGAAAGUUAUCAGUAUUUCAGAUCUUGGGGUUAUGGAGGCCAAAGAAGAAAUGGAGGAGCAAAAAAAAGAACAAAAACAGUUUAUGGAGAGGAAUGAACUUUCAAAAAACGAGCUCAAUAAGUUCCGCAAUGAUGAUUCUACCAAGCAAAGUAGUAUCACUCUUUCUAACGAGGAACUACAUAGUAAAGGACAAAAACAGCUUGCUGAGAAGAAUGAACCUCUAGAAAAUGAGCUCAAAAAUUUUUCCAAUGAUAACAAGAAACCACAUGGGAAAGGGCAAAGACAGUUUACUGAGAAGAACGAGCCUUCAGAAAACGAGCUCAAUAAUUUUUCCAAUGAUGAUUCUAUGAAGAAAGGAAAUUUAAAUAGUACUACUAUUCCAAUCGAGAAACCAAAUGGAAAAGAACAAGCACAGAUUACCGAGAGGAAUGAACCUUUAGAAAAUGAGCUCAACAAUUUUCACCAUGAUGAUGAUGCUAUGAAGAAAGGGAAUUUAAAUAGUACUACUCUUCUAAACGAGAAACCACAUGGGAGAGGACAAAGACAGUUUACUGAAAGGAAUGAACCUUUAGAUGAUAAGCCCAAUCAUUUUUCCAAUGAUGAUUCCACGAAGAAAAGGAAUUUGAAUAGUACUACUAUUCUAAACGAGAAACCACAAGGGAAAGGGCAAAGACAAUUUAUUGAGAAGAAUGAAACUUCACAAAAGGAGAUCAAUAAUUUUUCUAAUGAUGAUUCUACAAAGAAAGGGAAUUUGAUUAGCACUACUCUUCUAAACGAAAAACCACAUGGGAAAGGACAAAACCAGUCUACCAAGAAGAAUGAGCCUGUAAAAAAUGAGCUCAAUAACUUUUCCAAUCAUGAUUCUAAGAAGAAAGGGAAUUUGAUUAGCACUACUCUUCUAAACGAGAAACCACAUGAAAAAGAACAAAAUCAGUCUAGCGAGAAGAAUGAGCCAUUACAAAAUGAGCUUGAUAAUUUUUCCAAUGAUGAUUCUACGAAGAAAUGGAAUUUAAUUGGCAGCACUACUCUUUUAAAUGAGAAACCACAUGGGAAAGGACAAAGGCAGUUUACCGAGAAGAACGAGCUUACAGAAAAUGAGCUCGGUAAUGUUUCCAGUGAUGAUUCUAUGAAGAAAGGGAAUUUAAGUAGUACUACUCUUCUAAACAAGAAACCACAUAAGAAAGCACAAAGACAGUUUAGUGAGAGGAAUGAACCUUUAGAAAAUGAGCUCAUUAAGUUUUCCAAUGAUGAUUCUACGAAGAAAGGGAAUUUAAGUAGUACUACCCUUCUAAACGAGAAUCCACACGGGACAGGACAAAAACAGUUUAAUAAGAGGAAUGAACCUUUAGAAAAUGGGCUCAAUAAGUUUUCUAAUGAUGAUUCUACGAAGAAAGGGAAUUUAAGCAGUACUACUCUUCUAAAAGAGAAGCCAUAUGGGAAAGGACAAAGACAGUUUGUUAAGAGGAAUGAAACUUUAGAAAAUGAGCUCAAUGAUGUUUCCAAUGAUGAUUCUAUGAAGAAAGGAAAUUUAAAAAGUAUUACUCUUCUAAACAAGAAACCAGAUGGAAAAGGGCAAAGACAAUUUACUGAGAGGAAUGAACCUUUAGACUAUGAGCUCAAUAAGUUUUCCAAUGAUGAUUGUAUGAAGAAAGGGAAUUUAAGUAGUACCACUCUUCUAAACGAGAAACCACAUGGAAAAGGCCAAAGACAAUUUACUGAGAGGAAUGAACCUUUAGAAAAUGAGCUCAAUAAUGUUUCCAUUGAUGAUUCUAUGAAAAAAGAGAAUUUGAAUAGUACUACUCUUCUAAACGAGAAACCACACGCGAAAGGACAAAGACAGUUUCCUGUGAGGAAUGAACUUUCAGAAAAUGAGCUCAAUAAGUUUUCCAAUGAUGAUUCUACUAAGAAAGGGAAUUUGAGUAGUACUUCUCUUCUAAACGAGAAACCAGAUGGGAAAGGACAAAGACAGUUUACUGAGAGGAAUGAACCUUUAGAAAAUGAGCUCAAUAAUGUUUCUGUUGAGGAUUCUUUGAAGAAAGAUAAUUUGAAUAGUACUACUCUUCUAAACGAGAAACCACAUGGAAGAGGACAAAGACCAUUUACUGCAAGCAAUGAACUUUUAGAAAAUGAGUUCAAUAAGCUAGGCAAUGAUGAUUCUACCAAGAAAGUGAAUUCAAGUAGUACUACUUUUCUAAAUGAGGAACCACAUGGGAAGGGACAAAAACAGCUUACUGAGAAGAAUGAACCUUUAGAAAAUGAAAAUAAUUUUUCUGAUGAUGAUUCUAUAAAGAAGGGCAAUUUGAAUAGUAUUACUCUUCUAAACGAGAAACAACUUGGCGAAGGACAAAAACAGUUCACUGAGAGUAACGAGCCUUUAGAAAAUGAGCUCAAUAAUUUUUCCAAUGAUGAUUCAUUGAUGGAAAGGAAUUUAAGUAGUACUACUCUCCUAAAUGAGGAACCACAUGGGAAGGGACAAAAACAGCUUACUGAGAAGAAUGAACCUUUAGAAAAUGAGCUCAGCAAUUUUUUCAAUGAUGAUUCUAUGAAUUUGAAUUGUACUACUCUUCUAAACGAGAAGCCACAUGAGAAAGGACAAGGACAGUUCACUGAGAGGAAUGAACCUUUAGAAAAUGAGCUCAAUACUUUUUCCAAUGAUAAUUCCGCGAAGAAAGGGAAUCUAAAUAGUAUUAUUCUUCUAAACAAGAAACCACAUGAACACCCAAGAUCGAUGAGUGACAAAAUCGGAGAUGGGGAAAAUGUAAAAUUUCCUCCACAAUCUGCUGAGAAUUAUGAGCAAAUCAGCAAUCAGACCCUUAAUCAGGCAGAGGAAAUUAAUACUUUGAAUGAUUUUCCUGUUGAUACCGCAUGCCAUGAAGACAUUAAUAAAAGUUGCAGGUUUCUUAGCAAUAAAACUGAAUUGAAUGCUGAAGUUGAAAGGCUACGAGAAGAACUGAGGGAAGCUGCUGCUCUCGAAGUUUCAAUGUACUCAGUUAUUGCUGAACAUGGUAGCUCGUCAAACAAGGUCCAUGCACCUGCUCGGCGCCUUUCUAGAUUCUAUUUCCACGCUUGUAGAGUUGGGUCUCCUGCUACAAUAGCUAGUGCAGCCCAGAGUGCUGUCUCGGGAUUUGUUUUGGUUUCUAAAGCAUGUGGAAAUGAUGUUCCAAGGUUGACAUUUUGGUUCUCAAAUAUAUUAUUGCUGAGAGCAAUUGUGAGCAAAGAAGUUGAAAAUAUACACUUUGGUGACGGUUCAUGCAUCAACAGUGAAUGUGAUGUAGUUGGCAACACUCUUCAUAAAGAAGAAAAUGGCAACAUAGAAAAACAAUUUCAUAGCUGGGAGAAUCCAAAAACUUUUUUAUUUGCAUUAGAAAAGGUUGAAGCUUGGAUAUUCUCUCGAAUUGUUGAGUCUGUCUGGUGGCAGACUCUUACACCAUACAUGCAGUCUGGAGUUGCAAAAAGCACUAAUUCUAAGAAAGCAGAUGAAAAAAGAACUCGUGUGGGUGAUCAAGAUCAAGGAAGUUUUUCUAUUUAUUUAUGGAAAAGAGCUUUCAAGGAUGCAUGUGAAAGGCUUUGUCCUCUUCGGACUGGUUUUCAUGAGUGUGGCUGCUUGGCUGUGAUAGCUAGAUUGGUGAUGGAGCAAUUGGUUAGUAGACUUGACUUUGCUAUGUUCAAUGCUAUUCUUCGGGAAUCCGCCGAAGAGAUGCCCAUGGAUCCUGUAUCUGACCCCAUUAGUGAUUCUAAGGUUCUUCCAAUUCCAGCUGGGAAAUCAGGCUUUGCAGCUGGUGCACAACUGAAGAAUGCUAUUGGUGACUGGUCAAGAUGGCUUUCAGAUUUAUUUAGCAUUGAUGAUAGUGACGCUUGCGAAGUUACCAAUGAAAACGAUGAACCCAAAUGUGAAUCAUCCUUCAAACCUUUCCUUCUCCUCAAUGCCUUAAGCGAUUUGAUGAUGCUUCCCUUGGACAUGCUUGCAGAUGGGUCUACGAGAAAAGAGGUUUGCCCUAGAUUUGGUAUUUCAUUGAUUAAACGAGUUGUCAACAAUUUUGUUCCUGAUGAAUUCUCCCCAGGCCCUAUCCCGGAUGCUGUUUUCGAUGCCCUGAACAGUGAGGAUACUGAGGAUGAUGUAGGGGCUAUUACAGGCUUGCCAUGUUCUGCUGGUCCCACGUUCUAUGCACCACUUCCAGCUUCUUCAAUUCUAGGAAUGCUACAAGAAGCGGGAACCAAAACCUCACUAAGACGUGGGUCAUUUGCUCUCAAAAAAUUAUAUACAAGUGAUGAUGAACUUGAUGAGUUGGAUUCACCACUUUCUGCACUUGGCAUGGAUGAACCAUCAGUUUCGUCCAAGGAAAAGACUGCACUAAUUAAGGGAGGCCGUAAGGUUGUACGAUAUGAGCUCUUGCGGGAAGCGUGGAAGAGUAGUGAAUAGUGAAUGAUGACUCUGUGUUCCUAUCAAUGUUUGUUUCCUUGUAUAUAAUACACAUUUCUCAUUUAGCCCAGAGUAUCCUCCCUUUGUUUUUGAAAUAAAAGUAUUGUCCUUGUAAUCUUGUACUUUUUUACCCUUAAAAGUUGCAAGAAAGUUAGUCAUUUUCAUAUAGAUGUUUUCUUUCAAGACAUCCUACUAUGAGAAGUUCUUACCUGGUCUGGGAUAUUAAAAUAUUAUUCCAGUUUGAUGGAUACAGAUAUGAAAUCUGAUUCCUCCAAAUUGACGAAUGUAUUUUAGAGGACCGUUGAAAUCAACUAUUAAAAUUGUGUAAAUACAACCAAAACUGUACUUACAAAUUUUUAAAUCAAUGGAUAUAAUUUUAGUUUUUAAGUUGCAUUGCAUUCCUCAACAUGGCAUCCAUGUUUCACAGUAUUUGUUAUGGAAGG